AUGGUGAAGCUCGUGACGGCGCGGGAGAGCCGCGCGUACGGGCCCCGCGGCGCGCGCAACCGCUGGGAGUACAUAAACGCGGGCGUCUACGUCUUCGCCUCCCUGCUGCUUCUCGCCGGCUUCGCGGCGCAGCUCCCCGCUGCUGGCCCGCGAAGCAGAAGCAGCGAGUUCGGGCUGGUGGUGGCGCUCGUGGCGCUGGCGAUCGCGGCGGCGGCGAGCGCGCACGACCUCGCCGCGCACGCUGCCGGGAUCGACUGCCGCGUCGGGCUCGUGCGCUUCGACCUGCAGCUGGGGCUCGUCGAGUUUGCAGUGCCGGCGGUGUGCUUCUUGGGAUCGGUCCUUAGCUUCGUCGGAGUGCUGUUACUACUGAGUCAGGUGCGUGAAAACAGAGGAUACAGUUAUAGGCUGGAGAAGCACGCAUUGAAUGCACUGAUUGCCGGGCCGCUGUUGUGGCUCGUGGGUUCGAUCCUCAACGCGUGCCAGGUUUACGAGAGAGCCGACGGCCGCACCCAGAUCCUGCAAUCAAGCGUAAACCUCCCAUUCCUCAUGGGUAGCUUGCUCUUCUUGGUUGGCGGCUUCUUCAAUCGGCACUACGUCUCCGGUUCGCCUCAUCCAGAGUCCGAGAUCAUGGCAAAGAGCUGGGCAUGGUUGUGUCUGUUUGGGAGCCUGCUGUUCUUCGUCGGAGGACUAUGCAAUGUACUGAAAGUGUUUGAGAUGCAGCAAGCAGAUGGACUCAGGCUGGAGAAGCUCCGUGGCGGGGCGCAGGAGAGGCUCAGUCGAGACAGGGAAGGUCGAGUCCCGCUGAACUGGGAGGAGAGCAGAAGGCGCCGGCCGGGCGAGGAGGCGAGAGCGGUUUCGGUUCAUUAGGACGCGGUUCCCCGUCGCUGGCAAGAAACGAAGGACAUGAUAUGUAGGCUGCAGCUGAGUUCUUGGUGCUUUGGAAUUGUGGCGAUUUCCGUAUCUUACAUUUGAGUUUUAAUUGCAGAGGGGAACAUUUUGUCUAAGUUGAUCUGUAACCUGCCUCUUGGAUAAU